GCUGACAGCCGCCCCCCGCCGCUGAGCGAGCCCAGCGCCCUACGGCACGACGAGAUUUGGAAUGCUUUGACUGAUAAUUAUGGUAAUGUCAUGCCAGUUGACUGGAAAUCCUCCCACACCAGAACUUUGCAUUUGCCUACAUUAAAUCUUGCAGAAAAAGGGGUAAACGAUGGUUUGAACCUUGAUUUAUCAGAUGAUGAAGAACUGAGGGAGCAGCUAGAUAUGCAUUCUAUCAUAGUAUCCUGCGUCAAUGAUGAGCCGCUCUUCACAGCAGAACAGGUGAUUGAAGAAAUAGAGGAAAUGAUGCAGGAAUCGCCUGACCCAGAUGAUGAUGAAACACCCACUCAGUCAGACCGGCUAUCCAUGCUUUCUCAGGAAAUUCAAACUCUCAAGAGGUCCAGUACAAAUAACAGUUAUGCAGAGAGAGUAAAACGACUGUCUGUUGCUGAAUUAAAUGAACUGCUCGAAGAAAUUGAGACUGCCAUUAAGGAUUAUUCUGAGGAGCUCGUACAGCAGUUGGCUCUACGAGAUGAGCUGGAGUUUGAGAAAGAAGUGAAAAAUAGUUUUAUUUCUGUUCUCAUUGAAGUACAAAACAAACAGAGAGAGCACAAGGAAUCGGUGAAGAAGAAAAAGAAGCUGAAAAAUGGUAGCCCUCAAAAUGGCAAACAAGAAAAAGGUCAUAUGCCUGGAACACGCUUCAGCAUGGAAGGGAUAUCAAAUGUCAUUCAGAAUGGCUUCCGCCACACAUUUGGAAACUCAGGUGGAGAGAAACAGUACUUAACAACUGUCAUUCCAUAUGAGAAGAAAAAUGGACCCCCAUCUGUUGAAGAUCUUCAAACAUUAACCAAAAUCCUACAUGCUAUGAAAGAGGACAGUGAGAAAGUGCCAAGCUUGUUAACAGAUUACAUUUUAAAGGUUCUUUGUCCUACAUGAAGAUGGCUGCUUUUCUUCAGAAGUAACCAUGCUCCUUCCUAUGACAAGAAGCUCUCCUUGAACAAUUCAUAGUAUUUUUCUUUUUAUUUGGCACUGUAUCUAAACAUGUAUGUAUUUACUUUCUGUGUCUGUCUGAACAAUGGGCAUGAUGACUGAACUCAUCCAUUUUAACUUAAUAGUGCAAUGUACUUGAGCACAGAACAAACACUGUACAGUUUUACUCACAAAUGUUGUUUUGGCUUUUUAAAAUCUAUUUUUACAUUGUACAGCAUGUAGUAAUCCCUCCCACACUUUUUAUUGGUGUGGAAGAAAAAAAAAACUUUAAAUAAUGUAAAUAAAGUAAGCUUAUAGUUUUAACUAAUUUACAGUAAAAUCAUCCUUGGUUCCUAUAUCGAACAUACAAGAGAGAUCACAGCCAAACCGGCACUAGAAGAGUCUAUGGAAGUUUUUCAGUGGAUACUCCAAAGCAUUGGAAACUAAAACUGAGCACUUUUUUAAAGCAGUAAUGUGGAUUAGAACAAUGAUACAGCAUUGUUCAGGCAUUGAACAAAUUUUAUAAUGCUUUGACAGGAAAAAGAAUCACAAUGUGGCUGCAACCUUUACUCACUGCUUGAUUAAUCUGAACAUCAAAACAUUAUGUAAUAUUUAUGUAAUUCAUUUCCUUUUGUUUUUAGUCUUCCAGUGUUUUUCAGUCAUGACAAUCCACUGAGAUCAGAUAUACUCCAUUAUUGCUGCUAUCAUGUUAAAAGUUUGACCCUAAUAUAAUACUUCAUAGGCCAUAAUAUAAACAAGAACUUCACAAGGCUAUGUCCUUUACCUUAUGUGAAAGGAUUGAAAAAGUGAACCUAAAUUCCCUUCAAGUAUUAUGUUAAAACUUUUCAUUAUUUUGUACCUGUAAGAUUUCCUACCUUUUUUUUUUUAAUUCUCAGUCUGUGAAGAUGAUGUACCUGCACCUUGGUAUCAUUGAUGAGACCAUAUUUUAAAAAUCUUAUUAAAGGUAUAAAAUCAUACCUUUAACAUCACUGAUGAUUUUUGUCAAACCUAUAGAUUAAAUCAGUGCUCUGAAAGGAAAAGCAAAAUACUAACAGAAAAAAAUAAAGUGGUUCUUUAGGUUUCAUUCUUCAUUUAUUAUGCAUAUAUUUUGUGGUAGACUUGAAGAGAUAGGGACUCUAUAGCAACAUAUAGGAAGUUUUGCUUAUAAGCAAAGAAUUUUCUUAAGAAUUUGCUUCCAUGAAAAAGCCUUGGUGAGAGAGAACCUGUAAAACUUCUUACAAUGAAGUAUUUUUACAAUCUGUUUAUUAAUACUAUGUACCAUUUGAGUUUUCAGUUUCAUUAGUGGAAUACACUAAAUAUAAGUGUGGCUGUCUGUCACUCAAUUAUGCAUUUUUCCUCUACAUGCUAUAAUUACUAUAAUUGAACCUCAGUAUUAUGUGUCUGUCAUACCUGUCACUAUUUUCAGGAUAUUCAGAGUUCAGAACUCUUCACCACUGCACCAGCUUGUCAGAAGCAGACAGUUGUCUCCCUGUUCAGGUGGGAUAAUGGCUUUGUGUUGCUUGCCUUUUCAAUGAGAUGCUCACAUGCAGUAGCUGAUCUGGUUAGGUCUGUCAGUUUCUGGAGAGUUUGGGUUUUGGGGGGGAUUUUUUUGCCUACUUUUAUUUUACCUUUCCUUUAACAGGUCCUCUAAAAAGAAAAAUGCCAUUUGUUUCCUUAGCUGGUGUUACGACUUGAGCAUGACUCUGUAUGUUCCCAUAGACUGCUGCUUUUCAAGCUGCUCUGUUGUAGUUCUUGGCUGAGAGAGAGAAUCCUGCUCUCUUAUUUCAAUACAGAAAUGGAGACACCGUGGCAUAAAAUAUGGUGAGCCCUAUCAGUGUUCCCUGAAGUACAUCUACUCAAAGAUAUUUCAUCAAGUUGUUAGGUGAUAAGAUUUGGAACUAAAAGGUCCAGAACAUUGUGGCCCUGAUCCAGAGAAGCACUUAGGCAUUAGAGUAAUCUUUCUGAAUUCAGUGGCACUACUAAUGUCCUUAUAGUUACACAGGCAUAAGUGCUGUGGUGGAUCAGAGCCAGAAUACUCAGGACCUUGCAGAAUUAAAGCCCAAGGUCUUUAUCACUCAAUAAAAUUACUCUUAUAUUCCAGGAAGGGACAUGUAAGACAGCAGAGCUGAAUGAUGGUCUUAGUGGGAGUUGAUGUUAGUAGAGUGUAGUUUUAAUAUACAUUUCUAACUUAAGUUCCACUCCAUGCCUUAUUGGUCCCAGAUUCAUGGAGUGUCAUGUACAGGCAGGAAUAUCUUUUAAUAUAUUUCUUUUAUGUCCUUAAACAUCAAUAUUUAGACCUAGGCAAAAACUCCCUCCGAGUGCCUGUAUAAAUCAAUUACAGAGAGAAAGAAAUAUUGAAAUAUUUUUACAUUAGUACUUUUGUUGUAGGGGUGUUUGUUUUAUGGAAUUUUCUACCAUACUUAUAGACCCAGUACUUUGCCAUUUUGAAAUGACUGCAGAAUAUUCUAUUCCCAAAAUCUGUCUGAGGAACAUAAACAAAGUAAAAUGGCAGUGUGUUUUAAUUUUAAUAUUAACUCGCUGGCAUCUUAUCAUUUUACUUACUAUGCUACCUAAAACUUUAACAAAGCUACUUGUUAGGGAAGUCUAAAACAAGGUUUUUUCCCCAUUUAGCAUGGGGGAGCCUCUUAUCUUAGAACUGAGUAGGAGGGCAUGGGGAGAGCAGGUGGCUGUUAUGGCUCAAGCUCUAUCUCCUUCCUGGGGUCGGGGCCGUAGCCCCAGCUGCUGCCUGCCCCCCUCCUCCUUCUGUCCACCUCUAUACCCCACCAUCUUCCCCGCUACUCCUCCAUGCAGCCUCUGUUCCCCACCUGCACCUCUUCCUCCCUGCUUCCCCUCCUCCCCAUGGGUGCCAGCAGGCUCUGUUCCUGUUCUAACCUGGGGCACUGAGCAUGGCCUUAGCCAGUUCCCACAGCAGUCGUGCAUGCCCAAAAUUUGCAAAAAUGUGCCUCUGAUGGAAAUACGUAAUUCUAAUGUGGGUCAAGCGUAAGGAGGCAAGUUUUCUUUUAAUAAGAAUAAAACAAAAACCCUGAAUAAAUGGCAUUAAAUCACCUGAAAUACUUGCUAAAGUAUCAUAUAUGUAUAACUGUUUCCCAGUUCAUUGGAUUCAGGUGCUUCAUUUGGUAAGUUUACCUGCUGGCUUCCUAGAAUCAGCUUGGAUGAGGGCAGUCUGUCUGAGAGUUAAUCCAAACAGGCAGAAAUCAUGCUUAUUGGCUAGGAAAACAAGCAGAAAAAUGACAUUUAAUAGUAUCAGUUUCCUUCUGCUGAAUGGCAUUUCAUCUUACUGCAUUCUCAGCUGCUCCUAGAUAGACACAGCAGGAAGGAAUGUUUUGUCAUACAUACCAGGUCAGGAAAUUGUGACCUUUUUCUUGGCAUGGAAACCUUACCAUAGAAAUUUACAUCUCUGUCGCUUCUAGAUUAGAUUACCUAAAUAUCAUCUAUGCUUUAAUGCCACCAAGAAAUUGAAACUAGUGUAGAAUGUGGCAGCUUGAGGGCUUAGUAGCAGUGCUUACAGAGAGAAUCCAACAUCUGUACAACAUCAUUAUAUGGCUUCAAGUUAAUUUCCAGAAGCAAUUCAGUAUGUUGGUUUUGAUCCAUAAAGCCCUGGAAAUUGAAGUCAGUUGAUAUACUUUAACAGUUCAGUGAGAAAGGGGUUGGAGGCAGGAAUAGUCAACUGAUAAAUCUACAGAUCUGAAAUACGUUUUCCCUCGUCAAUAUACCUACACCCAGAUUUGCUGACCAUUAAAUUGCAAGGCAAAAUUCAGCUCUUCUCCCAUGCUUUUUCUGAGAAAAUAGGCUGCAUUGGACUGUAAAGUUGCCCUAGUCUGGGUACAUUUAGGACAUUUUUACCUUAAUUUGUAUGUUUAAUAUUUUGUCUGCAGCUGCAUCUGAAUCUAAAGACAUUCCAAAGAUUAUCAGAAUUCCCAUUACAGAAAAACACAAGUAGAAAUGAAGCCCGAAAAGCAUCUCUCGGGAUCACGAAGGGAGUUAUUUUGGGUUUGGUGGUUGUUUACACAUUUAAAGCCUCAGAGAAACCCUGAGACUGGUGGAAAUGCAGGUAAACACAUCUGCUUUAAUGUUAGGACAAGCCAGCUCAUUACUCCCAAGUUCUCUACAUAUUAGGCUUUAAUGGAUUCUAGGGAGUUUAUAUACUGCAUAUGCAAUAACAAGUAAGAAAUGUUCCCUGAAGACACAAGCUACUAAUUAUCCUACAAUUUAAUUUUUCUGCCCUAAGCCAAGAAAUUUGAGAGCGGUAUGUGCCAAUGUUUUGUCCUUGCUAGAACACUAAUCUCUUGUCCCAUUAUCCAAAUUCCUCACCUUCAGUUUAGCUCAAGACUUGUUUUUUCCUCUUCAUUCGUAUUCAUUGACAAAUAAACGCUGACUAGUUAAUUGAACUAGUGCAAACAACACUGAUGAAGAAAUCUCAUUAUGCAGGAGACAUACUUGUUGCAUUUUUCUGUUAUGUGUUUCUAUGACACCCUUUAGAAAUGUGUGUUUUAGCAUUCAAUACAAAAAUGAAAAUUCUACGUCUUCCUCACAUUUAUAACCAUCGAGCUUAAACUGUUUUGUUCUUUUCAAACCAAUCCCUUUAUGUGUUUGCCUUUGUUAACUUUAUUGAAUAAAAUACUAAUUGCAGAA